AUGUCUCACCAUAAAAAACGUGUUUAUCCGCAGGCGCAAGUUCAGUACGCUCAAAAUGGGUUUGGACAGCAGCCAAUGGUGAGCCCGGAUGGAUAUCCAGCAGUGGGGGCUCCCGGUAUGCCAGUACAGCCACAGAAUGGAGUUCCGCAAGUUGCAGCUGCGCAGCAGCAGUUUUUUACCCCUGUUCAGCAGCAGCUUCACCAGCAGAUUGACCAAACGGCUGCAGCAUUGGACAAUGUGCAUUUGCACAACGUGCCGGUGGUUGAUCCGAGCAGCUACUAUCAGCAACAGCAGCCUGCGGCUGCUGGUCAGACGUUUCCACAGGGUCAGUACCAGCAACAAGCUGCGAGUGUUCCGCUGAGAGGAGGUAAGCCUAUGAACCAGUUGUAUCCUGUUGAUCUGCUCACUGAGCUGCCACCACCGAUCAAUGACUUGUCACUGCCCCCGCCGCCGUUGAUGGUGCCUCCCGAAAGGAUCUUGGUGCCAUCUGAGGAGGCAAAUGCGUCGCCGGAUUACGUCAGAUGCACUCUGAACGCGGUGCCCAAGACGCACUCGCUGUUGAAAAAAUCCAAGUUGCCAUUGGCGCUGGUUAUUAGGCCUUAUCAGCACUUGCAAGACGAGAUCAACCCGCCUCCGUUGAACGAAGACGGGCUGGUUGUUCGUUGCCGUCGCUGUCGGUCAUACAUGAACCCUUUUGUCACGUUCACGGAUCAAGGCCGGAGAUGGAGAUGUAACUUCUGCCGACUCGCUAACGACGUUCCGAUGCAGUUCGACCAGACGUUGUCCGGCGUGCCAGCUAACCGCUAUGAUAGAAACGAAGUGAAAUAUGGUGUCAUGGAAUACUUGGCGCCAAAGGAAUACACAAUGAGGCAGCCGCCUCCUUCGACGUACGCGUUCAUUUUGGAUGUCUCGCAGAAUGCGAUCAAAUCCGGCUUGCUGGCCACUGCUACAAGAACCUUGUUAGAGGUGUUGGACUCCUUACCAAACCACGAUGAUAGAACGAGAGUUUCCAUUCUAUGUGUCGAUAACGCUAUCCACUACUUCGCCGUCCCACCUGACGAGGAGUCUGACCAGAUCAAAAUGAUGGACGUCGGCGAUUUGGACGAGCCUUUCUUCCCAAGACCAAAUUCAAUGGUGGUUCCGCUGAAUGCCUGCAGGAACAAUUUGGAAAAAUUGUUAAAUCAGAUUCCUGAAAUUUUCCAGUUCAAUAUCAUGAGUAAGUUUGCUCUGGGUCCAGCGCUGAAGUCUGCGUUCAACUUGAUCAGUGCGAUUGGCGGUAAGAUUAUUGUCGUCUCAUCUACUCUGCCAAACGUGGGUAUCGGCAAAUUGCAGAAGAGAAACGAAAAUGGUGUCGUCAAUACAUCGAAGGAAUCAUCGCAGCUGUUGAGUUGUCAGGAUUCUUUCUACAAAACGUUUACCAUUGACUGCAGCAAAUCUCAAAUUACGGUUGACAUGUUUUUGGCUUCUGAAGAUUACAUGGACGUCGCAUCGACGUCUAAUUUAAGCCGGUACACCGGUGGUCAAACCCAUUUCUACCCAGGUUUCUCGGCUGCUAAAUUGACCGAUGUUACUAAGUUCACAGAAGAGUUUUCAAAGCAUUUGUGCAUGGAUAUAUCCAUGGAAACUGUUAUGAGAGCUCGUGGAACGUCAGGAUUAAGGAUGAAUUCUUUCUACGGGCACUUCUUCAACAGAUCCUCGGAUCUGUGUGCUUUCUCGACUAUGCCAAGAGACCAAUCAUACGUUUUUGAAGUCACCAUGGAUGAGUCAAUUAUUGGCGACUAUUGUUGUUUUCAGAUUGCCGUCUUAUUGUCUCUGAACACCGGUCAGCGUAGAAUCAGAGUGAUCACGGUUUGCUUGCCCACCACAGAAUCGUUGGUUGACGUGUAUGCCUCAGCCGACGAACUGGCGGUGACCUCAUACUACACCCAAAAGGCAGUUGAAAAAGCUCUCGGCUCAAGCUUGGAAGAUGCUAGAGAGCUGCUAAACAAGGCUGUUCAAGAUAUUCUGGCUGUUUACAAAAAGGAAAUCGUCGUUUCCAACACUGCUGGGGGUGCUCCUCUGAGAUUAUGCGCUAACCUGCGGAUGCUCCCGCUAUUAAUGCACUCCCUAACGAAGCACAUGGCAUUUAGGCCCGGUAUUGUUCCCAGUGACCACAGAGCGGCGGCCUUGAACAAUUUGGAGUCCAUACCCCUACCUUACCUAAUCAAGACCAUUUAUCCAAAGGUCUACUCUUUGCACGAUAUGCCAGAUGAGGCUGGUUUCCCUAACGAAGACGGCCACAUUGUUCUUCCUGAACCAAUAAAUGCUUCUGCAUCUCUAUUCGAAAGAUACGGAUUAUAUCUGAUUGAUAAUACCACGGAACUUUUCCUCUGGAUCGGAGGCGACGCAGUUAGUGAAUUGGUCACAGAUGUCUUCGGAUGUGGCGAUAUAUUCGAAGUUCCUAUCGGGAAACAGGAACUACCAAUCAUCGAAAACUCUGAGUUUAACCAAAGAAUCAGAAGCAUCAUUUCCAAGCUCAGAGAACAUGACGAUGUGAUCACUUAUCAAUCUCUAUACAUUGUAAGAGGCGCAUCGUUGAGUGAACCAGUCAACCACGCCUCCGCUAGAGAGGUUGCCACUUUAAGACUAUGGGCCACGAGUGCGCUGGUUGAAGAUAAGGUGCUCAACAGCGAGAGCUACCGCGAAUUCUUACAAAACAUGAAGAUGAAGAUCAGCAAAUGA